UGAACCGACGCGCCGAUUGACAGAACGUUGUAUCACACUCGGUCGCGUUUGCGUCUCGUUUGUUUAAAUUCGCGUGCGGGACGCUCGUUGUACGCAUAUGCCUCCUCGCGAGGAGGAUACACGUGCUUCCUCAGGACGAAACGACAACGACGAGGACGUGCCGCGACGCGAUCGGCAACAGCCUCUCGGCCAUCGUUGGCUGCGCACCACCCCUUCCGCGUCCAAGCGAACCGUCGUUACUCUCCCUCGGGUAGUAUUUCUUAGAUCGAACAGUUAUUGACAGUCAACAGUCAAUAAAUAGUUACAUAAACAGUAAAAUUGCCUAAAUUAUAAUAUAAGAUACAGAACGGGACGAAGGGCUCAGAACACGGGCGUUACAAGCAGCGCGAAUUGAUUUCUUCUGAUUCGAAUUAUGCCCGUCUGUGACAGAUCUCUUUUUCAAAAAUACUCAAGAGACAUAGUGUGAAGGAUUUGAUACCAGAGAAAGAAGGAAGGAUGGAAGUAAUGCGAUGGACUGCACGUGCAGUUCUCGUUCUGGUCCUGACUACGGUGGCGAAGGUCGGUACCACUCGACCCGAAGACGUUCUCGCGAAUGUCUUCACGAGGCCCUUCGUGCCACGGACCAACGCCUCGUUUGAGUGCAUCCGUGAUGGGGAGAUCUACCUACAGGCGCUCAGUAAUUACACACCAUGGGCGCUGCAAAUGUACGAUUCUUCGGUGAAAAUACCGUCGGGUCUGAUCACCGGUAACCACAGGACGCUGGGUAACUUCGACGAGUGCGUACAGGUGACUAACAAUGAACACGGUUUUAUCGGGCAGGCGUGCAAUGUGGGGGUGCGAUUCAACAUCACGCCGGACAACGACACAUCCCGCGAAUUGGAUUUGGGAGAUCUAUUCAGGAACGUCGCGAUCGCAUCGGGCGCGACUAAUUGGACUUCUGGCGUCACAAUAAUUUACGAAUGGAUAUGGUGCGUCCCGUCCACCUGUAAUUAUUCCGAGAUUGGAAAGGCGACAGAGGUUCUGCUCGAACCAUUGAUAAUUCCUGAACGCGUCAACCUAACGGUUUAUAUUGAUCAAAAAUCCUGUCAGACACGGAAAAGUGAUAAGACGUGGCAGAUUGCCGAUUUUUGUUACACGAUCGCCAUUGUGAUGUUCGCGUUUAUCGUUAUAGCCAGUACGGGAUACCACAUCUGGUUGAACCGCCAGAUCAAGUCGCAGUGUGAUAACAUGUCGCAUGAGAUGGCAGAGCAGUGGAAGAAAGCGGUGUUGACAUCGUUCUCCUUGUACAAAAAUGGAAAGGAUCUGUUGCGGACCGACAGACCGCAGGGCUACCUCAACUGCCUGGAUGGUUUGCGUUUUCUCACCACAUGCUGGAUCAUUUACGGCCACACUCAUUACAUGGAGGCGAUCAGUGUCAAGCUGAACCUCGCGGAUAUUCCACGGAUGCAUCACGACUGGAUCAAUAUGUUCGUGCUGAACGCAAACAUCUCCACGGAUAUUUUCUUCCUCCUGAGCGGUGUCGUGCUAGCUUACAACGAACUCUUGAAGAAGGAACGAGUCUCCAACUGGCACUUCAUAAGUCAGCUUUAUUUUCGUCGUUAUCUGAGGCUAACGCCGGCGUAUGCGAUGAUGAUUGGCUUUUAUGCAACUCUGUUCUACAAAUUCGGCACGGGCCCGCACUGGGAUCUUAUAGCUGGUACCAACAGAGACUUCUGCCGCGAGAAUUGGUGGCUCAACUUGCUCUACGUCCACAACUACUUUAAAUUGGACAGAAUGUGCAUGUCCCAAUCUUGGUACCUGUCGGUCGACAUGCAACUUAUUUGGCUCUCACCGCUUAUAUUGUAUCCUAUGCUCAAGUUAAAGAGAGACUACUUCAUCAUUAUCUUGAUCUUCUGCUUGUUUCUCUCGUUCUUACUGCCUUUUGGUAUAACUUAUGCUCUCAAGCUGCCAGGCACCAUGUUAUAUUACAAAGAUCAAACAGACUUAGCCAACGUUUACGUGCAGAUUUACUCGACGGUCUACUGUAGAUUCGGGACUUACGUCAUUGGAUUAGGUCUCGGUUAUAUUUUAUACAAAACACACGUCGACAAGGUGAAGAUGCGCAUGUGGAUUGUUGUUUGUGGUUGGCUGAUCGCCAUUACAAUCGGUCUGACAGCCCUUUUGGGUUCACGCAGUUUCUACUUUGACGAUCACGAUUACAACAAGGUGGAGGCGAGCUUUUACGCCGGUUUGCAUCGACAGGUCUUUGCUCUAUCGAUCUCCUGGAUCAUUUUCUGCUGCAUGCAUGAUUAUGCAGGUCCUGUGAAUCGUUUCCUCUCCUGGCCUGGAUGGGUGCCGUUUAGCAAAUUGACUUACUGCGCUUAUCUCUCUCAUUAUCUGUUUCUGAUCGCCAAUAUUGGAUCCGUUCGCACUGCCGACGUUUUGACACGAAUGAACGUGGUGCGCAACUUCUUUGCCGUUCUGAUUUUCACGUUGGCGGUGUCCGUGGUGUGGUACCUUUGCUUCGAGAAGCCCUUCCUGAUCAUCGAGAAAGUGAUCUUCGGUCUUAGCAAACGCAAUCCGCCACAGAACCAGAAUUACAACCAGAAUAGCUGCAUCGAAACCGGAAACGACGAGACUUGCGCGCGGUCAAAUGAGUCAGCAACUAUAUGCAGCAACCGCAACAAUCUUGAGGAGUCCACGAAAGAUGACGAGAAGAAGUACGAAACCGUCAUGCAGGACAGCAAGAUUGAGAUGUGUAAUGACGAUAUCGAAAUGACUCAAAACGACGACACACUGACGAAAAAGACGAGAUCCAAUGGCGAGAAAUCAGGUUACGUCAACGUUUACUUUUACCGCUCCUUCGACGAGCACAAACAAUCAGAUACAAUGUCAAGCGUGGCUGUAUUCGGAUCAUCCGACAGUUAAUUCAGACAUUCAGUGCGAAAUCGAAUGAGUCCUUGAAACCCUUCAAGUAAUUGACGUGUUACGAUUUUAGGUACAAUGCUAGAUACUAAGGUAUAGAUAUAAAAUACAUCUCAAGGUAUGUGUUCCCUCUGCUGAUGCCAUACGAUUCACGACAACGAGGAAUACGACAUACCGAGAUUAAAACGAGAUUGAAUUGAGAAGUUAAUCCAAUGCUCCGUCACAACAAUCACAUGCUCUAUGUAAACUCUCACUGCACAUAAAACAAAUUCUGAUCAUUCAUUUCAAUCAUAUCGUUUUCGCCAAUUUUAUAUGCACUUUCUAGAUUGUUCACACAAGGAGAAUGUAUGACUAUUUCGGUAUAACAAGCAUAUUGUAUCAGAGAUCCCCAGUGCAUUGCAGUAUUAUAUUAUUAUUAUUAUAUAUUAAGCGUAUGCAAAAGUUUUAGUCAUGUUUGGCACGUUGUUUGGCUUUAUUAAAAUAUAUAUGCAAUAUAAUUUAAUCAUCAAAAUAUUUGGUUUCGUUUUUUACGAUUUUCGAAUUCCUUUGCGAGCAAUUUGUUCGAAAAUGUAAAAAAGCGAGAAUUUAUUUGAAGUUGAAAAAAGACUAAAACUUUUGCAUGUACCUAAUAAGUGAGAGAGUUAUAGAAGCGAUGAUUUCCAUUCCAUUGAGAAAAUUCACAACAAUGUUUAUUACAUAAACAAUGUUUAUUUAAGAAUAUAGAUAGAUAUAAAAAAUA